AUGAGCAGUGAGACUGUUCGCAUCGGAGUGUUUCCUUUGGAGAAGGAUGCGCAGACGUGCUUCGAACGGCCUGAUUGCAAGUAUCCGGGAUCUGAAGUCGAAAUAUUGCAAAUGGUUUUCCGUUUGAUCGGAGUCAACUUCACUUUGGUGAGUCAUUUUCAUAAUUGACCCAGAAAAAGAGAUCCCCGACGUUUCGUAACUCUACGUCUUAAUACUCACAUGAACUUUACCAGUUAAAUUUAUCACUAAGAGCAAAAUCUCAUGAUUUCCUUUACUAUACAGGAAGUUCUCAAAUUCCUCAAAAAAAAAGAGUAAAUUAUAUGUUGUAUUGAGAUUGAUGUUUGGAAAGAAUUUGGUCAGCAGUACGAUUUCGGAGCAAAACAACCCGACGGUAGCUGGUCAGGAAUGAUAGGACUGAUAAAAGAAGGUUCAGCUUGGCUCACAAUUAAAUUAUCACUCUUUACACGAAACAACUUCCAGGAAAGCUCGAUGUGAUCGGUUUAUCUAUGCGAAUGUCGUCCGAACGAGAAGAAGCCGUACUUUUUUCCUAUCCAACGCGUGUUUUUGAGGUGCCCCGCGGGUCCUCUCAGCCGAGAAAAACCUCUUACUGCUCGUUUCCAGAGUGUUUUUGUUAUUGCUCCACCGUCUUUUACCUGCACUCGCCAGUUCAUAUUCAACGCGUUCUCGAGAACUGUCUGGCUGUUUAUCGUGCUCUCCGUCUUGUUAUUGUAUUCGACGACGUUGCUAAUCAACUUUGUCAAAGUCAAAACUUUCCAUCAGGACAAACCGAUUUCUCGUUGGUUCAUAGAACUGUUUGCGGUGAGUUGACAUGGAAAACAUAGCAAUAUAGGGCCAGGGCCGAAUUUCAGACGAGCAUUACUUCGUUUGCGGUGAGCUCACGAGUUCUCCUUCUGGUCAUUCUGUUUGCAACGUUCAUUUUGACUCAACUCUAUCAAACUGAUAUGUACGCUUUCUUAUCGGUUCCGCUUACCUAUGACGUUCCAUUCCGGUCGAUCAAACAGGCUUUGGGUAAGUGUAUCAGACCACUAAUCUGUUUUCGUUUUUUGUGCGUUCUCGGCUGCUUUCAGUUUUCAAUGUGAAUAAAUAAAAUGAGCAAACAGCAAAUUAUCUUUAUUUCAGAUUUAGUCGAACAAAACAAAAUGUACUUUGCGGCAUUUGAAAACCAAACUCUUCUGUGCACACCGAACCAAUGUAACCGUUUUGAGCAGGUUAUCAAGAAGAACCCGGUCCGUCGAGCACAAACCGAACGCAACGUUCAGAAUUUGAUUCUGUGAGUCCCUUUCACGACUCUUCGGCUUCCGGGCGUGUUCAACCAUGUAUUUAUCUACGUCAAAUUCGAUAAUUUGCAUACAAUGUAAAGCAUGGUAGCAAACAGGGUAGUGGCCGAGGAAAUAGAGGUUGUCUAUGCGUGCGCGAGUAUGACCGAGUGGUAGUGGUGGUGUGCUGUUUGCAUAUAAAUUAUAUACGUGUUUCCGUUGGUCCCGAGAGUCCCUCCGACCGAAACGGGCGCACAGCUGGGCCCUACAUCUGUCAAUUGGUGCCUUCGUGCCAGGCAACCACGGAAGCGCUCCGUAAACACUGUAGCAGACGGUCGACAGACGGUACUGUAUGAGGUCCUUCUUUGGGUCGUAAUCCAUUGAAAAUGAGAACGGCAAACGGAAGACGCAAAACCUAAUUGUAGUGCGAUCAGUGUGAGAAGCUGUCUUAGGACGCCGUCUGUUCCCGUUUGAAUUGUUUGAAUGUAAUGUGAACAGGUGACUUUCACCUGCUGCUCGUGCUCGGUGGAUUAAAGUGAAAAGAGAAACGAAAUGAAUGGCAAAUGACGAUUUCUCAUGAUGCGAUGAAUAAUUGAGAGUAUGUUUUCCAGGAAAGGAGGCAUUUAUCAAUCGACCAUAGAUAGUGCUCUUUUGCCAGGACAACUUUCCUGGCUGAAUACGGACCAACACUUCCUGAUAGUGCGCGAUGAAGACGCACCAAGUUACUAUGUAGCCUACACCUUCUCAAAACGGAAAAAGAAGUUGCUGCGGAAGUUUAACAAUGCGCUUAUUGAAGUGUUACCGGCAGUUUCAACAAUAACCACUGGUCAUGGGUACAAUACGAAGAAGACUCCAUUCGAGGUGACCAGCAAGUACAUUCUAUUACACUUUGACGGUUCUAGAUACGAACGACCAACCCGCGCUCAUCACUAUCAAUCAAUAAUCAUCUAUGGCAACUGUUUCGCAGUUUUAUCAUCUCCUCGUCAUCCUGUCUAUUUGUCUUUUGUCUGGAGAUUCUUUUUCACUAUUUAUGUCGUUUCCAAUCAUCACAAUCGUUUUCUCUCUAUUUUUAAAAUCAUUACCCGAUUCUUCUCAACAACUAAUGAAAAAAUGUAUCAUCUUCUUUCAACCUAGAGGGGACGAACAGAAAAAUCAGACUGACAUGUGGUGUAAUUUCUGUCGAAUGAUGACGCGGGAAAUAAAAAUAACGUGUUAUAGACUACCCACGUGUGCCGGCUAUGUCAGUUUACAUCGCAUCGGACCCUUGGGACGAGGUGGUGUGAUCGAGGCAGGUGAUGGCCGAAAGUAUUAUAGUUUCAAAUCAUGUCAAAAGGAUUCUUUUUCUUCUCUUUCCAAAAUCUGCGAGCGACCAACCCGUUGUUUUGUCCGUGGCGUCAAGUAAACACUUUUUGUACGAUGGAUGUAUUCUGAACUCUCCAAACAUCAUGAACCCGCGUGGUGCAAAGACGAAAGUACACAACUCAUAUAUGCAAAUUCUAACUAACCGUUCGCUCACGGCGGGUGUGUAAAACGAUCCGAACGGCAACAAAAGUUUCUUAUUUGGCGACAUUCUCUAUUGUGCAUUCGUGAAGUGCCUGUAAUGGCACGCCCUCAUUCAUGACUUGACCUGACUGUUCCCGCAUUCAUUUCAUUCUUCAUUUUGUUUUUCUCUCGAACUUGCACAUUUCCAGCAAUGAGAUUGUAUGGAAUCGCCGGAGUUCUAAUCUCAAUUGUAUUCGCCGUCCACGCACACCCACACAUGACGAGCGUCAAAGAUCUGGAUCUGGAAAAGGAGAAGCAGUACAUGUUGACGACGAACGAGUACUAUGUUGAGAAGGUUAGUUGAGUACAGCAAAUCCCUUCCCAAUCCCUGCAUUUUUUUUUGUCAGGUGAAUCAAAUGGCCGGCAUUAGCUGCGACUUGUGUAUGCGUGCCGUUUAUGGUGUGAAUUAUGAUUUCAUACAGCUGAAGGUAAGCACCCUUGAUUGGAUUUCUUCUCUCGCGCUUCUGCGAAUCGAAUCUCACUUUUUCUCCCCUUCCCUGUUUCUCCCUGUUUCGGUCCGCUGCUGAGGAAGUGAGGAACUAUGACUACGUCACUCCCUGUCGCGCUUUUUUCUCAGAAGACUCGACUCAAGACCCUCUCUCUUUUUUGCCUUUGACAGGCAGCGCCCCCACAGCUCACUGAAUACGGGAUAAUAUAUGUGGAAAGGAAGGAAAGGGGAUAGCUUUUGUUUUCGGUUGUGGUUGACUGACUGACUGACCGACAAGCGAAGAGAACAAAAUUUCAGAAAGAUGUCAUUGAUAUGAUCCGUCUCGAUUGUGAAGCUCUGUUCCAUGAUCGUGCCGAAGACAUUGCCGAGUGUGUCCGCUUCCUUACAACCAAAGUGGAAAAGUACUCGGGAAAAGUGAGUUGGAGUUGGCGGACUAUGUAUGUAUCUAUACAAACCCCUAUCCGUUUCGUUUCGAAAAGGCUUUGGCAUGUGCGCUCAUGCACCUACCUCCACUUUCCGCCCGUGCUUCCUCGUCUGCGGUCCCUCGUCACGCAGAAAUGAUAUGGAAAACGUUUAAUCGUCGCGUAUUCGUAUUCGUGCGCAGACUUGUCAGUACGGCACACAUGUGAUAUAUCAUGCACAGAAUUAACACACAUUCACAUAGUUGCCCCGGUAACGUGCACACAGAGCGCGCUGUAUAGUGCAACCGAGUGAAUAAUCCGCAUGAGAUCACAUACCAAGUUCAUUAAAAGUGAUUUGUUAGUUCUUGGUAUGGCUUCCGGUCUGGUCCCCCACGACAGACCAAAACGAGAUGGUCAUUAGGAACGGAAGCCCCCCUCUCCCACUACUGUAUAAGGGUGCCAGCUGGUCCUUUUGGAAACGAGACAAUUGUUUAUGACGGGAGACAGAUAGAAAUGCGCGAGAAGAGCAUGCUGGUGCACUUUUGUACGGCCUGCUGCCCUGCAAAUGGUAAACCAAACUGGUCCUUCAGUAUCACCAAACCGUAAACAAUUUUGUGAUGAAAAGCCCCCUCUUUCCUAUAAACAAUUUCGGUUUCGUUGAGAAGUGUUUGAAUUACAGGAAAGCUACGAGUUUACUUUUUCGAGACGGGGGAAAGAUAUACAUUUUUGUGCAUGAAUUUUUCAGCUUCAUUUGCAAUGCAAAAAAGUGGUGCUCUCCCUGCCGCGGCCUGUCCCAAAGGAAAAACUGUGGUGGUUUGAGUAGUCAGAACAAGAAGUGCUGAAAGUUAGUUUUGUUUACAAACAAAUCGCCCUGGAAGUUUGUUGUUUCAACUGGAAUAUUGAUGUUUAUGUUUCACCCUCUCAUGAGGAGGAAAGUGGUGGGCACGGCAUAGCCUGUCAUUUGGAACGGCGCUUCCGCUCGCGCAUCUUCCUCCUAACCCUUGAUUUAGGUCUCGAAGCUUUGAUGAAUCUUUUCCCUCCACUUCGUAAGCGGACCACGCACAUUUUCCAUCAUCUCUCAUCCCCCUUCCCUCCUUUCUCCUCUAAUUACCAUCCUCGGUUGCGUGACCGUCGCGCACAACAGCACCAACAUCGUCUCGAGCAGCUGGCACUUUCCUGUCUGUUUUCAUAGUCUCACUAAAUGGGCGAGCACCUUGAUAAUUACGUACCGUAAACAAAAAUAAAACGUGGGGAAUUGCUCUGAAAGCAGAAACGAACGCAAAAACAAAAACACAGUUACCGGAUUUGCAGGUGGAAAAGAUUUUGGACUCGCGUCAUGUUUGCGUACUUCUUCGAGUCUGUGCCGCUAACGACGAGAGCUACGAGAUUACAAAGAAGAUUAUUGAAGAGAAGACGGACAAGGACAGACGAUGA